CUAGAGACGGUCCUGAAUUGAUCGAAUCAACGUAUUUGUGAAAUUCAAGUACGUAUUAUUUAGCGAAACUGUAUCAGUGCGUUUCAAUUGACACAUCCUUAAAAUAAAAUUUGAAGUGAAAAAUCAAUUAUACCAUGUCCAUAUUAAUAUGUAAACUUGGAAUAGCUCGUCAGUAGUCCAGUCUCCAAUCAGCGAUGCGAUUUUCUAGUUUAUAUAAAAACCGUAUAUUAGACUGAAACAAUUUUUUACAUAAUUCUGUGAAUCGUUGUUGAGUAUUAACAUUUACGAAGAUGAAAGUGAAUGUUAUUUUAAACUCGUUUCGGAUAUGUGAAAAAUCCUAAUUAUGAAUGACAGAAACAAAUGCAUACAUGCAAACAUAUGUAAGUACAUAUGUUCCAUCGAUACUGUCGGCGUUCCGUUUCAUUGGGUUAUCGUGAUAUUAUAGCGUAUUCCAAAGUGACAGCAUUCAUUUUUCAAUGCAAGCUAUCAAGUAUUGAAGGUUAUCAAUACAUACCACUAUAAAACUUUGUAAAUUUUAUUGUAACAGAAAGAUUUUAAUUGAUAAAAUUUGCAAUAUAAUAUAGGAAACAAAUUAUGUAGAUAAAAUGGUUGCAAGUACAGCAGCUGAUAUGACUGGAUCCAUAUAUCAUGAAAGACAAGUAAAGGAGCUUUGUGCAUUACAUGCAUUGAAUAAUUUAUUUCAAGAAAGGGGAUUUAGUAAACAAGAAUUAGAUCAAAUUUGUUAUAGUUUAAGUCCAGAUGUAUGGAUUAAUCCUCAUAAAUCAUUAUUAGGACUUGGUAAUUAUGAUAUUAAUGUUAUUAUGGCAGCUCUACAACGAAGAGGACUGGAAGCAGUUUGGUUUGAUAAACGCAGAGAUCCCAAAUGUCUGUGUUUAGAUAAUAUUGAAGGGUUUAUAUUAAAUGUACCAACAGAAUAUAAAUUAGGAUUUGUGUUACUUCCUUUGAAAAGACGUCACUGGAUCGCACUAAAAAAGAUCCAUGGUGCCUUUUAUAAUCUUGAUUCAAAGCUUGAUUCCCCGCAACUUAUAGGAAAGGAACAUGAUUUACUUGUAUACCUAAAGGACCAGAUAGAUAGUAAGGAGAAAGAAUUAUUUCUUGUUGUGUCAAGAGAAAUAGAUAGCAAUCAGGGAUGGCUAAUAAAUUCGUGUGCAAAUAACGAAGGGAUCGGUACAAAUAAUGAAUUGGUUACAUAUAUCGAAGAUAGUUAUGCAGAUAUAGACAUAAAAAAAGAGGAGUCUAAGGAAAUGAAUGAAAAUGAAGAAUCUGUAGAUAACAGAAACUCUAGGUAAUUGAAGUUCUUUAAGUUUUAUAAGUUAUAUUCGAUGCUUCAGGCCAAAUUAAAUCUAGAAUGGGAGGGACAAUAGAUCAGUCAUGGAGAAAGUCCAGGGAAUUGAAUCACAAAAAAUAAAGAUUAAAAAUUACGAGUACUGCAUAAAAACAUUCGAGCACAAAUACAGAAUGCAAUCAUUUUUACUCAGUUUAUAUUAAUAUAUUAUCCUAAGUUCUUAAUUGUUUAAUAUAUGUGACUGUAUUUGUAAAUUAUUAUAUAAUAUUUAAAAAAUUAAGAAAAUUUUAACAUAUUGAAAGGUAGAUAAAACAUAGAAUUAUAUGUGCAUAAAGUGUCACUAACUGUUAAUUUCAAUAUAAAUUUGUGACAAAACCGUUACAUGUUAUUUUUAUUAUAAUUAUGAAGAUAAGAAUAUUUAUAAUAUAUAAUCGUUUCAAACAAAAUCGAAAUACAUAUUUAUUUAAACAAAAUAAUAUAUAUUUUAAACAUAUAUAUUGGUAUUUAUUUUGUAAAAAAUAUGCUAUGUAUAACAAGCUCUCAUUUCAAAUUAAUACUAUUAUAUUAAUGUAAUUGUUUGAACACAAUUGAUGUUCACAAUUUUUCUAUCUGUACACCUGUAUGUUUUUAUUCUCUAUAUUCAUUGCAAUUACUUCAUCAGUAUUAUUUCAUUAGAAAAUAUACUAUUUUAAAUGUAUAAUUUGUUUUGUAUAAAGUACAAAAUUUUAAGAAUAAUAUAUCAUGGUAAAAUGAAUUACGUUGCACAUGCAUAAGUUACAGGAUGUUACUUCAAAGUAUAUACAAAGUACAAUUAUACUGUUAAACAGGAAGUAUAAAAGAAUAGUUUUCUCAGAAAGUACUAUUUUUUUUAAUAUUUAUUGCUAGUCAUGUUAGAUUACUCAAUGAAAUAAUAUGAAAAACUAUGAAAGACAAUCUUUUACACUUUGAACAAAUGUAUUACUAUGUAAAUGUGAUAAAAAAAAAAAUAAUUGGUACUCAAUGUAUGUAAUUUUUUAGAUUUGCUGUAUAUUUUAGCACUAUACUAAAUAAACUUAGUUAUAAGAUUAUUAUUUUAUAAAAAGUAUAGGUUAUGUUCGUUAAGGUAUGUGUUUUACUUUUUGUGAAAUAGUUGUCUAAUAAAUCUAUUAUUUAAAUAA